AUGGCUUACUGCACCGAGGACAUCAAACUGCGGGAGGAGUAUGCGAGCACCGCUUAUCCCUUGGAUCGCGCGGUGAUCCAUUCUAUUCAGCACGAGGCUUAUGAGCGGCUUGAGCGCGUUGAAGCCAUCCUGCGCCACAUCAUGGAGGUGGCCGUGGUGCGCAAUCAGCGCAAAAACUUUCUGAACAUUCGCCUGCGUCGUGACUACGUGACGUUGCUGCACCAUGUGCAGGCCAAUGAGGUAUUUUUCUGUUUUUUCCUGCCGGACAAGCUGGAGCCAUUUAUCACCAUCACCGCACUGCAUGUGGAUCAAGGCAAACUGGUCUCGCUCGAUGCCAGCCAAGUGGAUGCGCUGGAGGCCGCCUUGAACGAGUUUCGUACACGUUUUGGCAUCUCUGGAGAAUCCUAUCACUACACCGGGCUGGUGGAACGGGAAGAGACGGAGCGCUUUGCCCGCGGUGGUGGCGUUGGUGGCGGUGGUAGCCGCAAGGCCCACUCCAAGCACUUUCAUCUCAAGAUGCGUGUCAGCUCGCAGAUGUGCCGUGACCGCCUCCCAGCCCUCCGUCUCUUCAAUCUAGCACGCGCUCGCGAGGUCAUUGAACCCGUCCGCUAUGCGUUUGGUCGUGAGACCAUAUCCCGCGCCGACCAACCCCGCGCCUGUCCUGGUUACCACAGCUGUCCCUCACCAUCAACAACAACAACAGCAACUAAACAAAAGAAAAACAACAAGAGCGAUGUUCAAGUGCACAUCUCUCUCAAACGCUCUCUCUCCUCUCUCUCAAGCUCUCUCUCUCUCUCUCAAGCUCUCUCUCUCUCUGUCUCUGUCUCUCUCUGUCUCUCUCUGUCUCUCUCUGUCUCUCUCUGUCUCUCUCUCUGUCUCUCUCUCUGUCUCUCUCUCUGUCUCUCUCUCUCUCUCUCUGCCUCUCUCUCUGAGAUUUUGACUUUGCCAGGUUUUGAUUUAUUUUCCAGUUUUGCCGCCUUGACCUGUAGACCCGUGUGCUUGGAGGCUGCCCCUCUGUUCUUCUGCUUCAUUCAGUGAUCACCCGAAUUCAAUUUACCUGCAAGACAGCACCAUGGGUUGCGGAGGUAGCAAAGCUGCUGAAGUCAAAGUGGCACCGGGCAAGGCCCCGGAUGCUGCACCUACGACCGUCCAAGUCGCAGCGUCUCAAAAUCCGGAAGAGGUUCCCAAGCCGACUACGAAUGGCAGCAACAACAAUAACAACGACAGUAAAAAUGAUGGCAUGCUGACGGAAGACACGCCAGGAGCCGAGGCCGUAGCAGCACAAGGAAAUAACACCGACAUUGACUUGGAAGUUGCGGGUUCGGGUGUUAAGAAGUCGGAUGGUGACGACGGUGAUGACGAUUCACUUCGCAUGAUGUCGGCCACCAGCACCCGCAGCGCUCCAUCCAUCAUGCAAAGGCCCAGCUCCCGCGGCGGCUCGGCUUUUGAAAUUCAGUGGGACGAUGGCAACCAAGCACGAGUGCCGCGCCGUUUGGAACAGUUGCAUCACUCCUCCAAGCGCCGCAAGCAGGAUAUGACCCUGGAUCAGCUUCAAAAGAAGCUUGAGGCGGCAGAAAAGCGCAAAGCCGAGUACGAGAACCGGAUCAAGGCCAAAAUGGCCGCCGAAACAUCCAAGGCGACCGGUGUGGCCGAAGAUCGUAAAAACCGUGACCUAGAGAAUAAGGUUGUCGAAGCCGAGGACCGGGCCGAAGAGAACCGUGAGCAGCACUUCAAGCAGCUACGUGAGCGGUUACGCGAGAAGGAGGAACACGCCCGACGGGUUCGCGAAAAGAAGCGGGCUCUUGAAAACCAGCAAGACCAAUGAAGCACUUGCCUUCUAGCCCAUGGCCAGGCGCAGAUGGACCAGACUUGAUGUGAUGUUCCGUUUGGUGUAUUUCGCUUGGUGCUGUCAAGCUUGUUGUUCUUUUUUGACUUAUUUUUUUUUUUCCUUUCUCACGCCUUUGAGCGUUGAGCUGUUGUUGCGGCACGCUAGUGUUUUUCUCACCCCGCCCACCGCCUUGCAUUGGCCUCUCGUUGAGCGAGACUCUGCUGUUUUUGCUGCUGCGUGCGGUGGGCUUGAAUGUUUCUGUUUGCUCUUGUUUCUUGGUCCACCUUUACUCUCUGUUCGGAACAAGGACCUGCUACCAUGUUUUCUGUUCGUUCGAUCGCUCCCUCACCCUAAGACUGGCAAAGCUGGGCCUUGCCACCAUGUAGAACAACCGAGUGCCUGUUUGUUCUGACUCCUGUCUUCUAUCCUUCUCCUCCCUGUUACUCGUAUCACACCUCAAUUCUCUCCUACGACUUGCCGACGCUGCCCAGUCGACUGAGGCCAAGUAUUUUUUUUCUCUUUUUCGCCAAGGGCGAAUCGACAUUUGACUCGACUUGUGGCUGAAGAAUGCUCAUCCAGCGCACACGCGUUCAAAGAAAAGGCUCAGCAGAUGGGAAGACAAAAAGCUACAGUGCAUGUCUCAGUUUCAACUCGAGAUGCAUCAAGAGUAGACGGCAUUUACGGACACAAUCAGAAGAAGUACAAGGACAACAGCAUAUAAAAAAAAAACGAAGACGGUUUCUAUCGAGGCAACAUGGACCAGUAGAGCUAGCUAAGGAAAGGGUUGGAAAACCUAUACCGCAUGCAGCGUCUCCGAGUCCGUCACGGUGUUUUGGUCCACCAGUGACAGCGGGUUAUCAAACGAUGUCGAUGUCUUGGAGCGAGGAGACUUGCAAUAGAAUGCAAGGGCCACAAUAAUGGCCAAGAUGAUGAAACAACAAACAAUGACAAGACCCAGCUCGCCAGAAGAGAGAUGAUGACUGCGACCCGCCUGGCUCUCCUUGAAGAUCUCCACGGACGAGUGGACGGGG